CUUGGCAAAAAGUUCCCCGCGUAAAUUUCCUUUUCACCUUCCAUACACUAUAUCGAAUCUUAAACCUAUGGUGACCAGGCCAAUAACAAGUAGAUAGACAUCGCUCUUAACAGUCCACACUGACGCCUCAACAUUUUUCCGCUCCGGCACAAUUCCUCACUCAUCACGUGAACUGCCCGAUCGGAACGCGCCGUUUCGUUGUCCUUCACCCUUGUACUCCACAAUCUCCACGGAUUCUUUCAUCAAAAAUGGGGCUCAUCGAUUUUAUCAAAGAUAUUAUUCGCCCGGGGAAUGGGGUCGAUUACCCCAAACCUGGUGACAUGGUGACUGUGCAUUAUCACGGCUAUCUGUAUGACCCGACGCGGUCUUGGAAUCGGGGGCGUCGGUUUGACAGUAGUAUCAAACGGGGAUUUCCGUUUACCUUCCAGAUUGGGAUGGGCCAGGUUAUCAAAGGAUGGGAGGUUGGUAUCUUAGGCAUGAGCCUGGGGGAGAAAGCUUACCUCACGUUUGGCCCUCAUUAUGGCUAUGGUGAAAGGGGUGCCCCUCCGUUCAUUCCGGGUAACUCAAGCCUUGUCUUUAAUGUGGAGCUGCUCGCUAUUAAUGGCAAGACUCUCCAGUCUGAUGAUUCUGAGUGAUUGUACAAUACUUCUAUGUAGCUAUGAAAUAUGUAUAUCAAAUGUUGUGCCCAUGCGUGAAUGUAGCAGCCAG